AUGAUAACUUCGGAGAAUUCAAAAUCAGUAUACUCUCAGCCCACGAGAAUAGAUGACCAGUGUAUAACAUUACACGUGCUGGACACGGCUGGGGACUUUGAUUUCGAGAGUCAGACAAGGGUUGAGCAGAUACGGAAUUCAGAUGCCUUCGUGUUGGUUUUCUCGGUCACAGACAGAUCCAGCUUCAUCUUUCUUCAUAAAAUCAAACGAUUUAUAUUCAAAUCCAGACGUGACCUUGACAAAGUCCCCACAAUGAUUCUUGGAAACAAGGCCGACCUUUGCCACCUUCGCAAGAUCACGAAGCAAGAGGGCGCCCAACUGGCGAAGGAUUACGGAUGCACGUACUGCGAGAUGAGCGCGAGCGAGGGAUACGUUCCCGUUGUCGACGCAUUCCAUGAUCUAUACCGGGAGUUCUACCGGGCGGAGAAGAGAGCGAAGGUGCGCAAGAUCACGUCCCGGUUGCAGUUACGACAAACCAUCAAGAAUUUUACCGAUAGACAUCUUUAUCGAUCAAGGACAAACACGUUAUAGUGUAGGAUGGUGCAUAUGUAGCUGCUUCAGAAGUAACGACGGGAUCGUUUCAUGAAGUCGGCUUUUCCGACAGGUCACCAUAGUAGCAGCCAGACACCUGUGCUUUUCAGCCAAUCAACAGCGCCCAGGAAAGUUGUCCGAUUCGAAGAAUGUGGAGACGACAAGUACUGAUCAGGCACUCCCCAUGAGUAACGACGGGAUCGUCUCAUAAAAUAUUUUGAUCCGACACCUUUGUAACAGUCAUGCACACACCUGUGCUUUUCAGUCAAUCAGUAGAAAAAGAAUGUGGUCAUAUCUGACAAUCUUUAAGACGGCAAUUAUGUUGAAGAAAUGCGAGAAGUACUGUGGGGACCGUUUCAUGAACACUGUUUUUCCUCCAACAGUUCAAAGUAAUAGUCAGUCGUGCUUUUCCAUCAAGCAAAAACCAAGUGAAGUUGUCAGAUCUGGUGGGUGUUUCAUAAAGCUGUUUGUAAGUUAAGAGCGACUUUAAGAACGA